AUGGUGUGCGCAAAAUGCCAGAAAUUGGCCAAGGGGACGACCCUUGCCACUCCGGGGGUGAAGAAGAAGAGUGAAAUGUAUCAUGGAUCUCCCGCAGCAUCAUCAUCAGCAGCAGCAUCAUCGUCCAAGUCAGCCUCAGGUAUUGGAAAGAGCAAACUGUUGUCAAAGAAUGCCAAGAAUCCAUAUGCUCAAUAUUCCAGCUCCUGUACAAAGUGCAAGACCAAGAUCACACAGGGGCACAGUUACUGCAACAAGUGUGCAUACCAAGCAGAUCUCUGUGCAAUGUGUGGCAAACCGAACAAGAAGGCAACUGGCAAGGCUCCACAGAUAUCUGGACAAAAAUUUUCGCUGAAGUGA